GCGGCAUGCAGCGGCGGCACCAAAUAAAUCUGCCUGGUAAAUGAAUCUAAUUAUUUUACACUCUCUUCCCUUCUUACCAGGAAUCUGGUGGAGAGACGCAGCGUGACACGAGGUUGGCUGCUUUCAUUUUUUUUACUUCUUCUCCAAAGUGACAGCACACCUCUCUCUCUCUCUCUCUCUCUCUCUCUCUCUCUCUCUCUCUCUUCAUUCUAGCCCUCUCAUAAUACCCCCUCCUCCUCCCGUAAACCUCCUCCCAGUUCAUUCAAUCCUCUGCUCCCUCUCUCACUCCCUCUGCAUGCCACCCUGUCUCCAGUCUGAAUUAGAGGAAGCUUUUUUUUCUAAAUGCAUGCUGCUCUGAGGAGGUGCACCGGCUUAUGAAUAUAGCGAUCCUUUCUGCUGAAAAUGAGGCGAAAAGCACAUAAACGGGUCAUCGCAGAUAGCCCACUCCUAUCUGCCUCCCCAGGCAAGACUUAGAGCUUUGACUGUUGGUUUGUGCUUAGAGUUCAAACUUUGGCUUCAACAUUCUGCCAACCAGCAGCAGCCGCUGCCGCUACACACACACACACACACACACACACACACACAGAUGAGAACGGAGGCAGAGAGAAAAAUAUGAAAAAGAUAUAUAUCGGCAAAACUGCCCUCAAAACCCAGAGAAAUGGUUGCAAACAUCCGAAGGUGAGAAGUUCUUUCCAUGACCACAAGGACGACCUGCGGAAGCGACUGCAAUACACCACACAUAAACUAGAAAUGGUGGAAACAGAAUUUGACUCCACUCGGCAGUACCUGGAGACGGAACUGCGGCGGGCUCAAGAGGAGCUGGAGAAAUUUACAGAGAAACUCCGCAGGAUCCAGAGCAGCUAUGCGUCUCUUCAGAGGAUCAACCAGGAUUUGGAGGACAAGAUGCACAGGACAUCCCAGCACCAUGAAGAAGAAAAGCGAGCUCUCAGCCGGGAGAUCAUCGUCCUCAACAACCACCUGAUGGAGGCCAAGAUCACCAUCAAUAAACUCAGAGAGGAUAACGAUCUAUACAGGAAAGACUGCAACAUGGCAGCCCAACUGCUACAGUGUUCCAAGUCCCACUACAGAGCCCUCAAGAUAUCUGAGUUGCCACUGGAUUUCCAGGAACGUAUUAGUUCCCACAUCAAAAAAUACAACCGUGGCAGUGGAGCAACCACAUCAAUGUGCCACAGCAAUUACUCAGAAGCUGUGCCCACAGCCCUAAUUGCCAAAGUCCUGGAAAAACCUCAACCAGGGAGCAGUUGCCCUGUAACCCGCUCACCCAGCCCGCAGCCCCAGGAUGGAAUCUUCCUCACUGGAACAGGAAGUACUGAUCAGUUAAGUCGCCGUGUCUCCUAUAAGAACUCUGACUUGUACUGCAGUGAUACAGCACUCUACUGCCCUGAACGCUGGCAAGACACAGAGCGAAGGCAAAGCGUUGACCUCCACGGCACAGCACUGCUCCAACUCCAAGCUCAGAACUCCACCGACAGCAACCCGGAUGAGGAAGCUUACCACUCUGGAAGUUUCUCCCAUCACGAGGCUCCUUCCGCUUUCCACCACCACGAUGAAUUUGUUGCUGGUUCCCUCCCUGCCUCCAGCUCCUACUCUAGCUUUAGCAUUGCAUCUGAUGAGAAGGGAGCAAUUACUGACAGCUGCGGACAAAAUGUUAGCAGCACCUUAUCCUCAUCCCACCAAGGUCUCUACAUGGACUGGAGAGAUGGUGGCACUGGGGAAUAUGAGCACAAAAGUGUCUCCUCUUAUGGUAAAGACAGACAGAGCUUCUCAAAAUCCCGCAGUAUCCAGCACAUGGUGAACCCCAGGAGCCCAAAGAAGGGUAAUUUGCCAUCUUACACACGGACAGCAUCAUGCUACAGUGAACCUUACCAUUCCAGCACCCCUCAUCUGACCUCAUCUCACAGUAUGGGGUCAACACCUGGGUUAGUCCAAGCUCGUGGUGGAGCUCUGGACAGCAGAGAUGAUAUCCAAGUUGCAGAGGAAGAGCUGAGCAGCCGCUGGAGACAGCUUAGUGUUGAAGACAUUAACACUUUCUCCUCAUCUUAUGGUGACAUUACAGGCCGGGUCUCUCCUUACAGUUUCUCGGAGCAACACUUUGCCAUGGGCCCUGCUGGGAAGAUCAAGGAGUCUCUCUACAGCAGCUUCCAAGAUGACGUCUUCCAGUGUUUUCCUGUGGGAUCGCCUUCGCCAAGCCGCAGCCCCAAACAUCGGUCUGCAGAGCAUCGAAAACAGGAGCAAACCUCUGUGCUGUAUAGAGCCAAAGGGGACAGUCAGGACUCUGAAUGCAGUCUGUUCCUUUCAGGGAGUGGAAAAGAGAAGGAGAGCAGCGGGGGAGCAGCAGCUGCAAGUAGCGCCAAGAACGACUAUGUGAACCUAAGAGUGGACAGCUCAGCCGAGUCCUUACACCAGACCUCCCUAGAAGCCUCAAGUCUUCAGCAUUACCCUACACCCAGGCCCAACAUCCGGCCUCGUCCGAGUUCAAGCUCUGCACUUAGCAUCGGCCCAGCGCUUCCAAAGAAAACAUCUCCAAGAUACCAAAAAUUCGGCAGCAUGGGCCUGAUGAGGAAGGACAGUUUGACCAAGGCACAGCUAUAUGGCACGCUCCUGAACUGAACCAAGAGAAAUGGAACCUUUCAGUUUAUGCAUGUUAAUAAUGAUUCCCAACUUGUGUUGUACAUUUUUAAAGUUCUUUGCAGAAAACAUACGUUGUGUGAUGGGGUAUUGAAAUGUAGUCAUUUGUACUGUAUCUUAGCCAAGGCAGGUAUAAUGAAGUCUGCAACAUUUUUUUUCCUACUAAGUUAUGUAUGUCUUGAUAUACUGUAGCUACCUGAGACCAGCACCCAUAAUCCUGAAAGGAAUAUGACAAUAUGAACAAA